AUGCCAAGAAAAAUGAGAAAAGUAUUCUAUAUCCUUUUUCUCUCUUCUCUCUCAGUCUAUUGUUUCAUGGUUUGCUUAGCUAUGAACACAAAAAACAUCACCACAGAUGAAUUCAGUCUCUUACAAUUCAAAUCUCUCAUCACUUUAGAUCCAUAUGAUAUCCUGGCUAAUAAUUGGUCAACCUCGUCUUCUUCAUGCAGUUGGGUUGGUGUAACUUGUGAUAAGAAACACAACAGAGUCCAAACUUUGAAUCUCAAAAACAUGGGUCUUAGAGGUACUCUUUCCCCAAACAUAGGAAAUCUAUCGUUCCUGGUUAUACUCGACCUAAGCGGCAAUAGUUUUGGUGGUCAAUUUCCUAAAGAAACACUUUCAUUGCGCCGAUUGAGGGUUCUUGAUUUCAGCUAUAACGAGUUUGUUGGAGAAAUUCCAAAAGAGUUGGGGAAGUUACAAGAACUUCAACAUUUGUAUAUUGGCAUUAACAGUUUUACUGGAAGCAUUCCAUCAAUGAUUGGUCAACUUCGUCGGCUGCAAGUUUUGGAUACUAGUUACAACAAGUUCUCGGGACCCAUACCUCAACAAAUCUUGAAUCUAUCUUCACUUCAACAAAUUUAUCUAUCUUCUAACUUCUUUUCAGGUAAUAUUUCCUUAUAA